UAAAGCAGCAAAUAAAAUACCAUUCUCUCUGAGUUUCGCUUUUUGGUACGCCCACAAACCACACACACACACUCUGCUCCAAACAAAACUCAAUUCUUCCAAAACCGUUUUCUCACUCUCUUUUUUCUAUAUCUAUGAAAUUCUCUCAUUUUCUCUUUCCCUUCUCUUCACUACACACCACUUCUUCCUCACCGUUCUAGGACUGCUUUCUUUCUCUCUUUCUUUUUCUUUUUUACUCUCUCAAAUGGAAAAUAAGCAGUCUUUCUUCUCCGCUCUCAAAGACGAGGUCGUACGCGGCCUCUCCCCCUCGCGUUCUCGCUCCAAGAGCCCCGCCCGGACCGCCUCCCCCAUUUCGGGUCUCCUCCGCCGCAAGAAGCACAACCCAGACUCCUCCGUUGCGAGAUCCGCCAGUCUCCGCCCGCUUGGUGAGACGCUCACGCCUCUUAUCGAGGGGCCCGACCCGGACGCCUCCGAAAACGGGGAUCCCAAGCGAAUCGGGUCGGGUCUCGGACACUGGAUGAAGGGCCAGCUGUCACGUGCCCCCUCCGUGUCUUACAAGAGGUCUGAUCUGAGACUCCUUCUCGGUGUCAUGGGCGCCCCACUCGCUCCCGUUCACGUGUGCUCCACCGACCCCUUGCCUCACCUCAGCAUUAAAGACACUCCCAUUGAAACUUCUUCUGCCCAGUACAUAUUGCAGCAGUACCUAGCAGCGUCUGGGGGGCUAAAGUUGCAGAGCUCUAUACGAAAUGCUUAUGCGAUGGGAAAGGUUAGAAUGGUGGCUUCUGAAUUUGAAACUGCGACUAAGGUAGUGAAGAACCGAAAUGCAUCUAGGUGUGCGGAGUCUGGCGGAUUCGUGCUCUGGCAGAUGAAUCCGGACAUGUGGUAUGUAGAGCUUGUAGUUGGGGGUAGCAAGGUUCAUGCUGGCUGCAAUGGCAAGCUUGUCUGGAGGCACACCCCUUGGCUCGGUGCUCAUACGGCCAAGGGACCCGUGAGGCCUUUGCGGCGUGCUCUUCAGGGUAUUGAUCCUAGAACCACUGCAAGUAUGUUUGCCGAUGCCAGAUGCAUAGGAGAAAAAAACAUCAAUGGUGAGGAUUGCUUCAUCCUGAAGCUUUGUACUGACCCUGAAACAUUGAAGGCUCGGAGUGAGGGUCCUGCUGAGAUCAUAAGGCAUGUCUUGUUCGGCUACUUCAGCCAGAAGACUGGUCUUCUUGUUCACAUUGAGGACUCUCAUCUGACGCGCAUCCAAUCUAAUGGGGGUGAUGCAGUUUAUUGGGAGACAACAAUCAAUUCAUUCCUCGGUGAUUACAAGCCUGUGGAAGGUAUAAUGAUUGCCCACUCUGGGCAUUCUGUAGUAACCCUUUUCAGGUUUGGGGAGAUGGCCAUGAGCCACACUAAAACAAAAAUGGAAGAGGCCUGGACGAUUGAAGAGGUUGCAUUCAAUGUACCGGGUCUUUCAGUUGAUUGCUUCAUUCCCCCAGCCGAUUUGCGAACAGGGUCUGUAAGCGAAGCUUGUGAACUUCCUCAGGACGAAAGAGGAAAAAACUCAUUAGCAGUACACCGAGCCAAAGUUGUUGCACUGGAGAAAUCACAUAAUUGCAGUAUUGAUAACAUGAUCUGGAAGAUGGAAAUCUAACGUUGGGGGUAGGAUCAAUUCAAGGCAAUUGUUAAUAGCAGUCAUUAGUUUUUGACUACUAACGUUUAGAUGUUAGAGUAGGGGGUUCAGUUGGUUCUUUUUGUGGAAGUUUGUUCAUGCCUCUAUAUAGUUCUGUAAAUAGAGCAUAAAAAUUCACGGGUAUUACGCACACCUGAUUGAAUGUUUAUACUCAAUGCAGAAUCCAACUAUGGAGUUGGAGCUCGUUUUUCCACUUCGGAAUAGAGCAAUUGGAGGUUAAUUUUAGUUUACCUUCCAUAAACGAGGUAAGGUGGCGAAACUCCGGUAUAGUGGACCCAUUAAACUUUUGUUACUUAGCAACAUAUCUAAGCGUCGAUGGUGGUAAUAUUAAAGAGUCUACCAUCGACCUCAGCCAGUUUGGCGCUAACAGCUUCUACAUGGUGUGGAAGUUAUGUGCUUGAAAAGGCAACGUGGGUGUUUUGCCGAGAUAAUGGAGUAGGGUUACAGGAACAAUGCUCAGUCUAUAUUGAUGUACCAAACAUCUCUUUUAUAUUUCCGGUUGUGUUAUGAUGUUAUUUUGUCAGUGCUCCUGAUAAUGAAAUUGUCAGAGAAUGAAUGCUCGUGAUGGAUAUGUCACUCUUUACAUUAUGUUUUUACAUAGUUUCUGUGUGCUUGUAAAUAGUAUAACCAUAAUUCACUUUAA